CACCUCAGCUCUGCAGCUUAAACUUCACUUCUCUGUGACCGGGCUGGGAGAGCCUUGCUGGGCCAGCGGCUGCAGACCCCAGCCUUCCGGUGGAGGGGCCGCGCCUGGGGGUGGAGCAGCCGGGCAGGUUCCCGGGCACUGAGGGCAGCAGGCUUGGGGGGCCCCGUGUCUGUCACCGGCGGGAGCGAGAGCCGGCUGUAGGCGGCUCCUUCCUGUGCAAACUUUUCUGUGUUCUUCCUCCUCCCGCGCUGCGCACCGCUGCUUGCGGCCGCCUCCCCGCCCUGCCAGCCGGCCGGGGGCUCCACGCGGGGCCGCAGCGGACUGCUCAGCCCUCUGCGCCGGCCCCACCCUGCCUGAGCUCGCUCCCUCCCGGCGCCUAGGGCCGAUGGCGGAAGCCGAUGGGAGCCCUGAGAUGUCCCCGGACCAGCCAGCCGGCCAGGAGGCGGUGGCAGCGGUGGAUCUGGACCCCGAGCCCGAGGCUCCCGGCCCGGCCGCUCCUGCCCUGCGCUGGCUACCCGGGGACCCAAGUCCCCGCGGCCGCUCCCAGAGCGACCUGUCGUCCGCCUCGAGCAGGGGCCGCCCGCUCCGGGUCCACAUCUCCGGUUCAGUUGAUGGACUAGACAAGGCCUCCAUAGCAAACUCGGAUGGCCCCCCAGGAGGUUCCCAGACGCCUCCCUUCAAGAGAAAGGGGAAACUCUCGACCAUUGGGAAAAUCUUCAAGCCUUGGAAAUGGAGGAAAAAGAAGACCAGUGACAAAUUUAGAGAAACCUCAGCAGUGUUAGAGAGGAAGAUCUCCACCAGACAGAGUAGAGAGGAGCUGAUAAGAAGGGGCCUGCUUAAAGAACUGCCUGAUCAAGAUGGAGAUGUAACAGUUAACUUUGAAAAUUCAAACGGGCACAUGAUACACAUCGGAGAGGAAUCUACCCAAGAGGAGAAUGUAGGGAAACCCGAAGAAGGGGAUGGCCCUGUGAGUGAGAAAACACCACCUCGGGAGGAAAAGGCAGAAGAUAAGACAGAGAACCCUGAAAUCCACUCUGAAACACCGGCUGCUCCUGCUCUACCUCCUGCAGCUCCUCCUAAGCCUAAACCCAAACCUAAACCCAAAAAAUCUCCUGUGCCUCCCAAAGGGGCCACUGCUGGGGCCAGCCACAAAGGGGAUGAAGUGCCUCCUAAUAGAAAAAAUGUCAAGGCUCCCAGUAAGCAGGCCCCAACCCCUCCACCCAAGCCAACAAGCCGAAACACUGCCCGGGAGGCUGCUGGUUCUUCUCAUCCGAAGAAAACAACUGGCCCCAAAGCAUCUGCCUCAGCAUCUGCUUCCUCCACCUCCUCUCGUCCUAAAGUGUCCAAGGAGUCAGUUGCUAGCAAAAUGGGCAUAGUGGGGACCACAAAGGGCAAGAAAAAGUUUGGCAAGCAGACGGCAGUGUCCCGACUGUCCUCCGACACCACCACUGCUGAGACAUCUAGUCUUAAAGGGGAGCCCUCAGACGCUGGGCUAGAGAGUCUCAAACAGGAGGCAGCUGCUGGAGCUGAGGAGCAAGCCACAGGCAAAUCCAAGGCGACCAUCCUUCCACAUCCUGUGGCACCACUGCCCUCCCCAUCUGCCCUGCCUCUGCCACUUGAGGAUCAGGGCAUUGUUGCCUUGGACACCGCCAUGGUCCUAGUCAGUGAUGGACAUACCCUGCCCAUCUCUGCCUUAGACCCGAGUCAGCUCCUUUGGACUGAAGAGCCGACAAGCAGAACCACUCCGUAUUCAAGCGCUGACUUAACUGGUAGCAGAGAACACGCACAGUGCUUUGCAACCAAAGAUGAGCUGGGAAAGGCUGGACCUCAGUUGCUGACCCCCGGGCAGGCGGGAGACUCUUCAGAAUCCUUCAGUGCCCCAGAGGGUGAGACCCCAAGAGAGUACCAAUCCAACGACUCUGACUCAGAUGGACCCAUCUUGUACACCGAUGAUGAUGAGGAAGAGGAUGAUGAUGAUGACGGCAGUGGAGAAAGUGCUUUGGCAAGUAAGAUACGCCGAAGGGACACUCUUGCCAUCAAACUUGGCAAUAGACCAUCCAAGAAAGAACUGGAGGACAAAAACAUCCUGCAGCGAACAUCUGAAGAAGAAAGGCAAGAAAUAAGACAGCAGAUUGGGACCAACCUGGUCAGGAGACUCAGCCAGAGGCCAACAACUGAAGAAUUAGAGCAAAGAAACAUCUUAAGACAAAAGAAUGAAGAAGAGGAGCAAGAAGCAAAAAUGGAACUCAAACGGAGACUCAGCCGGAAGCUCAGCCUAAGACCUUCUGUGGCCGAGCUACAAGCCCGAAGGAUCCUGCGGUUUAAUGAGUAUGUAGAAGUCACGGAUUCUCCGGACUAUGACCGCCGCGCCGACAAGCCCUGGGCCAGGUUGACACCUGCCGACAAGGCAACAAUAAGAAAAGAACUAAAUGAAUUCAAAAGCACAGAAAUGGAAGUUCAUGAGGAGAGCCGACAGUUUACAAGGUUUCAUCGUCCAUAAUGAGGUGCGGGACUGCUCAGAAAUAUAAACUGAUCAUCCCUGGCUGAAGUCCUGCUUCCUGAGACCCCGAAACUGCACUGAGAUUUGAACGUGGAUGUUUCCGUUUCAUUGUGGUGAGGGAGGCCUGUGACUCAGCUUUCGUUGAGAAUGCUCCUCACCUGGACAGCCCAGACGAGGCCAACAAGCUGAGAGCCAGACGCAGCAAGCCUGCCUGCCCAGGAUGUGCACUGAUGGAAGGGGCACUCUGGUUCUCUCAGCUGCUUUUCCUCGGACAAUUUCAUCAAAGAAGACAAGCAGAAGACAAUCGCCAGUUCGACUACCGGAAAGCCAAAUGGUAUAGUGUGUGUGGGUUCGCAAACAAGAGACAUUGGAGUUGCUGCUGGUCACCCCAGCAGGGUGGGAGCUAAAAAGAAGGAGAACGGUUUCAUUAUGUUAAUGAAGAAAAGAAGAACGAAGAUAAGUAUAUUUUUGAAGUAGGCAUUUGGUAGCUAAGAACUUACGAAGGGAUUUGGGAACCUACUCACCCAGUGUGGAUUCCUUAAAGACUUGAUUCCAGAACAUAUAUUCUUGUUUCGCCAAUAAGGUGGUUCUGUGUAAUACCAUAUUUUUUAUGUUGUGCCAGUGAACCCAGUUGCCAGAAACAAAUCUGUGUGUUUGCAUUAAGUGCGAGAAGCCUCUACCAACUCUUCCCAAGCAUGCUCGAUCGCACUGUGUUGCAUGCUUCCAGUGGCCCGCGAUCCACGUGACAUUUUCUGAGCCUGCUUUCCUAAUCAAUGAGCCCUCUCCGAGGGUAACAGAGAUAAGGUCAGAUAUAAUGUGACUCUGAGAAACCGUUGCAGGCUUUAGAAACAAAUCUCUUGAUUGUUCCCUGUCUUAAUUAUCUCCCAAGUCAGGAAAGCAUUCAUUACCGAAAGAAGAUUAUAAGGACAAUCACGUUACCCUUUUGAAAAACUCAGUCCAGAGUUGCAACUUAAGCAACGUACAAGUGUGUGUUCCUUGCCCUUAAGUUCUAAAGGGGAAUGAAUAAUAAUAAAAUGCCAGGUAGUUUUGAAUGCUGCAUUAAAAAUAAAAAAGUUAGGUUGCUGCUAUUAAAAAAAAUAUCAAGCACAUGGAUUUAGCAAAAAUACCCUAAGGCUUUCAAGGAACACAGAAAAUUGCUGGUUUAUGUAAAGGAAACUUUACCUUCUGUGCUGAUUCUGUGGAUCGCAUCUAUACAUACAGGCUUUACUCCCCAUGCCAGGGAAGCAGUGAGAUACAGUGCAAGACGGUUUCCCGAGAGCCUCUAAUCAGUAGUGUUUACAUUGAGAAGCUUCCUCCCUUAAAUUGCCCUUCUCUGCGGUAUCAGGCCAGCACAGAACCCCAGAAGGGCUCACUUGUAAAUACUCCCCUAAAUUUCAUUGUCCCUUAACAAUUGUUUUGGGUCACCUGGAUUAAAAGCAUGCCAUAUUGUGUUUUCAAAAGAGAAGGCAGAAUCUGUACCGCAUCUGUCUUACUCUCCAAUCUGAAACGAUAUCUGUUCUGAACCAUUCCUCCUUCAGAAUGUGGAAGCCUGUAAUUUUCUAUCUCUACCGAGAAGUCAGCAUUUAAUCAGUGGAAUAAGUGUAGGUCCCACCACUCUGUGGUAUUGGGAAGAACCACUGGAAAUUUGAUGAUUUCAUUUCAAAGUAAAAGUGGUUAGCUGCAGUUGGCUUAUUAUAAGAAGCCGGGAGGAUCCUUCGGUGAGGUAGCCAGCAUUAUUGUCCCCUGAACUGCGCUUAGCUGUUUGCAUUAAUAAAAUAAGGCUGCCAUUUACACUGGUCCAUUCCACUAACGGCGUAGGACAGGCUUUAAUUUUGAAAUCGUGUCUGUGUGGGCCCCAGUAUUUGUCUUGGGCUGAGGGCUCGUUCCUUUGGUUGUUUGCAGUGCACUGCACACUCUCUAGGAGCCCCGAGCUGCCCUCCCAGCCAUUGGUUGCUUCAUAGUGUCUCAAUUCGACCAUAAAAAUUAACUUCUUUCCCGUUAAUUGCAAAGUAGCGUUCCUUUAUGAUAAUGUCAUGUCGGCGUCAUGAGAAAAAUGCCGAGGCAGAUGAUGUUUUUUUUUUCUAUGCCUAGAACCUUCGAAUAUUUUACAACUCCUAAUCGCAUGUUCUCUGUACAUUGUAAAUGCAAGACUUGCACACCAGUUUGUCCUUCAAAGUGUGUGUCAUAGAAAGUUUCUGUGUGGCUGUUAAAAAGAACAAUAUUUUCCCCCCAUAGUGGUCCGAAUUACAGUUUUUCCUUUCCACAAUGAUAUUUGCCCACUACAGAACACAGACUGCCUCUCAUGCUGAAGCCCCCAGUUCAAUCCCCAGUACUGCACAGAUGAAAGCCUGUUUUCCUGACAUGAUCUGUCACAUCUAUGAACUACAAAUACCUUUCCUCCAUACCGACUCAUACAUUUACAGAAAAUGUAAUUUUCAAGUUAGAGAGAAGUUUAAAAAGCUAAAAAAAUUAACUACCAGCAGUCUAAUAUUUAAGUAAUUAGAACGACCUGUUAGUCCAUUGCAACAAUCAAUUCACUUUUUAAAAGCCAUGGAAAUAAUUAAAAUAUCAUGAGCCAAGCUGUAGUGAGUGCUCAGAAGAAGUCUCUAUUUUCAUGGUUAAUUUUUAAAGACAGAAAAAUGUAAAGGCUGCAUAACCUCACUAGCGACCCAUCCAGGCAUCCCCACAGAAGGCAAAGCAGCCAUGUCUCUCUCUCCCCCUGCAAUUAUGCCUCUGCCCUCCGCCAGCAUUUCUGCAGCCCAGCCAGCCCGCCACUGUUGCCUAAGACAAUAAAUGUGUGCAGAAAUCACAGUUAUUUCUUGGUGCAGUUGUAAUAUGGUUCCAGUUUUUCACUAGAGCCUGGAAAUGGAGAAACAGAGGAAGUUUUCCUGACUCCUGAGAGAGAAUGAAGAAAGAAAAUUAGCCCAUCUCAUGGAAGGUCCCAGGCAAGAGAGAACUAGACCAAAUAGAAAAUACAGAGUGGCCAUUUCUAUCUUGGCUUUUAACGGAGGCGAGAAACCCUGUUGUUCUGAAGGUAAUGAGAAAACACUAAGUCCCCUUCAUUCUGCAGCCUCACAGUCAUUACCAACCAAAAUGAAAAAAAAAAAAAAAAAAAAAAAAAAAAAAAAAAAAAAAAAAACAGUCCCUUAGUCGGCAUUCAUCUGGGGCAUCUUGGCUGGAGAUUUUGUACCCAUGUGAAAUGCCCUGUGGUUUUGUGUUAGCUGUCCUUUACCUUUAUGUUUUUUUUUUCCUUCAAUCAUUUAGCUAAAGUCUGCACUAUUCAGAGAACCAUCCUGGGUAUUUGAACAGCCAUUAAUUAAAAAGGGAAAAGCAAACAGACCGGGUUCUCUGAUUUACCCAGAAAAGCUGCCUUUUUUCAUUUCUUCUUCCCAUCCUUAUUUGCAAAAUGAAGGCAGUCACUAACUUAUCUGUCUCUGGUGUCAAGAGGAAAUUCUGAAAUUUAAUUGAAAAUAGACUUAAGGAAAUAGAAGACUCUAAUUGCUCCUCAAAAGUCACCAAAUAUUGAAAACGAGUUCUGAGCCUUUAGAACCUCUGUUCGAUUUGUAUCCUAGGAUUGAGUCAGUGACUUGUAUCCUAGGAUUGAUUCAGUGACGCACUGGCGUUUUAAAACAAAAAAAUACAGUAGUUUGUCCCUGGGAGAGAAAGAAACAUGGGUUAGCACAUCCACCCCAUGGCAUCACAGGACAGACAAGCCUGCCAAAGACUAAGCCGUAGGCACAGUAGAAAGAGGCCAGUCUGCCACAUAGCAGUAUGUCUGCAUUUGAACAGAACAGUAUUUUCUUUUUCUUCAUCCCCUGCUCAGGCAGUCCAUCCUGUGGUAUCUGUGCGUGGUCCUAGCAGCCUAAUUUAGAGUAGUAAACGUUCUUUAGCGGUGAGACAGACUUAAGCAAAUCGGAGAUAUAUGAACUCAACGUCAUUUUCAUCAGUGUAGUGAAUUUGUUUAUGCAUUCCUAAAUCCUCGCUUUAUUCGCUUAUCAUUACCAGUGCAAGAAGCUGUGGUUGGAUAUCAUCACUCGUCCCCCCGCAUCCGCAGAGUAUACAGAUUGUCCCUUCACCCCUUAAAAUGAUGAAUUCUUUGUUAGGAUUUGCUGUCUACUUACUGGUGAUAUGUUUCCUUUAACAAAGCAGAAUGAACCUUUCGGAGAUAUGGGCCAGAGAGGACAGCAGUGGGAAAAAAAUAAGCAAUGGUCAGAUUAAUGGGAACAGCUUCCUGAGAGAAAGUGCAUGCCUAGGCAACUCAAACCCAAGUUCCAAAGAGGGUCUCAAGGUUCCACUAUGGAGGCAAGCAACGACCAAAGGGUGGCAGAGGAGAGGUAGGCAGAAAAGCCCAAACCACUCUCCUUUUUGCUUUCUGUUUACCUUUUCUAAUUGCUAAGCUUAAACAUGGUUUCAAAGCUUGAACCACUAUUAGCAUUUCUAAAAGGCAACUGUAAUAGAGACCAACUAUUUUUUUUUUUUUGCUAUGAUGAUAUUUUGUUUUCUGUUUUGUUUGUUUGAUUUCUUUUUGUGGACAGCUUCAUCCCAAAUGAAUAAAUCUUAUUUUUACAUAUUGUAAGGAUUUUGGCAAAGAGAUGGAGAGUCGUGUAGCUGCUAUUCCUACAUAAUGCCAAUUUUUAGCCACGUUGGGUUUUAACGCAGGAAAAUGCCAUUGAGCUUGUUGCUCCUCUGCAGCAGCUGCGCAUGAACAAAGAACUGUUGAUAGAUGGUCCCCAGUGGGGGUGCUGCUGGCAUUUGGAUCUGGGCAAUUCUUUGUCGUGCUGAAAUGUACCACAUGUUGAAAGAUGUUCGGUAUCCCAGGCUCCUAGCGACUCAACACCAGGAUUGUUCCCUGACAUUGUAAAAAAAAAAAAAUAAAAACAAAAUAAAAACAAAAUAAAAAGCCUUCCCCGUAUCUAUACACCUCUACAGAAGGGUGCACCCCCACACCUGAAUACUACUGUCUACUAAGGACACACAGGGGAAAGCGCCUGUCCCUGAAUAUCAUCUCCACUGCCUUGCAUGUCUCUUAGCCACUUCAAGCUUUCUGCUUAGAUGCAGCUUAAAUUACUCUGUUCUCUAGGAGAGAGGGUUGCCAGGCAGCGUUGUCCAUUACAGUGGGCAGAGUGACCUGACCUGAUGCUUGUACGUACUUCGGGGUGGGGGGGGGGGGGGGGUUAAUACGUGAAGCAAACUUUUGUUCAUCGCUUCAGAACUAGACUGCUGGCCACAGCAACACAGUAGUGGCUCUGAACAAAACAGAUGGCCUUUGGAAGUCAGAAUUAGCUUCUACCUGGUAACACCACGGACUGGUUCGCCUCUCUUCCUAUAGACAGCACAGUUAAUUCACUUGGAAGUUUGGAUUCCCUCGUGUAAACAAGCCCAUAUGGUUCGGCUUCUCUAAUAAGAGGUGCAAAUGGGACAUGGUGGCAGAAACGUGGGUUAACUGGAUCGCACGCAUAUUGCUCACGCCACAGAGCCGAGGCUGUGCAGAGUAAAGCGAGUUCUCCCCCGGGUGCAGCGCGAUCAACCUGCGCUAACCAUACGGAAGCAUACUCUUUAUGCCACUGAAAUUUAAUAGUCAAUAUGUCUUGGAAAAUAUUUAGAUGAAUUGCAGCUAGCUGCAAGGAUGGAAUUAAUUCCUCCCACUCUAACCUUUUUAAUAUUAAAAUCUAAAGACACUUUGUCUUGAAAGCAGAGCAGCUCAGAGUCAAUAAAGGUGGGUAUAGCAUAAACCUAUAGAUGGUGCCUAAAAAUUCUUAUCUUUCUUAAUAACAGUAUUUUUUAAGAAGAGAAUAAAUUGAAGGAGUAAAUGAGGCAGUACGCCACUCCACCCUCAGGUCAAUUUUGAGGUUUAUUAAAAUGCCAAUAAUAUUUGUGCCACUUGCCAGCCCUGGGGUGUGUGGGGGGGAGCGUUUCCCUUUAUGGAUGCUCUUGAUUUGAUUUUUGACUGUAUCAUUACGUUGCGUAGAGAGCAUCCGCCAUGAGAAAUUGCCACUGCAGUGCUAACUAGCAUUUGGAAGGAAUUAGCAGGAGUUGAGGGUCAAACCACUUUCAUCACGUACGCUAUAGGCACUUAACCCCUUAGUAUUUCUUCUGUGACUUAGACAUGUGCCGAUGCAGUUAAAGCGUCCUGCACAAAAUUGACCCGUGACAUACCUGCUGAAAAUUCUGUCUCUCUUUUUCCCCCCUAAGUAACAGUGGUUUUUCCAUCACGGACUGUCUGUGUUCUUGUGUCAUUUCAAGCUUUGGUUAACGUGAUCGUGACAGUACACUGUGAUUAUUUUGAGACUAGCGGGGUCAGUCUCCCGUGAGUGACCCAAUCUUUCACACAGGUGUGCUUUCUGUGGGUGUUAAUAACUGGAACUGUACCUGAACAAGCGCGACAGUUUCUCCUUUCGGUUGUUCUUAAUCCGUACUAUAUUAUAGUAUGUGGGUCUGACAGCUGCAAGUAUACACACCGAAAUAUAUGUAUUCCACGAUUGUAACCUGAAAGACCAUGUAUUAUCUUUUGUAUUCCAUAUUGGUGUUUGUGUUAUUUAAAGUGGAAAAUUAUACUCUAUCUAGUAGUAUAAUAUAAUAGAAUAUUUCGCUGUGCACAGUUCCAAGUGCCUUAGAACAUUGUUUAGCUUUCCUAAGUAUAUGUAUAUGCAUAUGUGUGUGUAUAAGUUUGGAAGUGUUACCUCAAUAAAAUCAUUGGGAAAUCCUA